AUGUCAAUCACUGAUGGCAACGAAGAUCCGAAGCAGUAUCUUGAGAGCAUGGAAAUCGAGCCAAGAAGAGACAAAAGAGAGAACUUGAGAAUCUACAAUGAUAUCAAGGGACUUAAAAAGAAAAUUGACCCAAAUGUUAGCGCUCAGGUUUUCGAACUCAAGAAAAAAAUGAAUAACAUAAGGAACUUGUGCUCUUUCCUGUGGAUCAUGAUGCUUCUUUGCAUAAUCAACCCCUUAACAAUCAAGUCUUCAUUUUGGAAGUACACAGACGUCUUCUGCUUAUUUGCAACAAACUAUUGGGAAAUAUUCUCUCCAUUAUUAUUAGCUCUUGUCCCAAUUGAUGUAUACGACAAGCACAAUAAAGAUGAACUCACAGAAGAAUUGUGGAGUGAUCACGAGAUUCUGAAGAAUUUCGGAAAUGAUCAUGGAUUUCAUAAAGAGAACGCGUUCGCUACAUUCAGUCUUGAUGAAAAAUCAUUCACAUUCCUCUUUUUCAGUGAUGAAUCUUAUUCCGGACAUACAUGCUUCUUUAAAGUUGUCAUUAACCAAGAAGUUCGAUACUAUAUGUACUUACCUUCGUCGAUUGCAAAGAAGAAGUUUUCUUAUGGAAAAACUAAUAAACUUGGAUCACUCAUUGAAUUAGCCCCUGACAGAGUGGAAGCUGCAGUAAUCCAGACUCCGACAAUUACAUCCUGUGCUACUCACGAGGAAGAUAUAAAUCACGAUAAUGGCAACUUUACCCGUGGUCAAAUUUAUUUCGAUGACUCUCUGGAGAAUCAAUGGGAACAACUUUGGGAGAACCUUUUGGACAACUCGACGAAAGAUCCUUGUAAUCAAUCCGGACAACCCUUUGAGUUUCCCUUUGGCCUGGAUUGA